GGUCCCCGGGAGUCGCCGCCGAGCGCGCGCGCAGGAAGGACCCCGCGACCCUGCAGGACGCGAGACCCCCGGGGUCGGACCCACGACCGCGAUGCGCGCCCCGGGCUGCGGGCGGCUGCCGCUGCCGCCGCCGCCGCUGCUGCUGCUGCUGCUGCUGGCCGCGGCCGCGCUGGCCCAGAGCGACGCCAAGGGGCCCCGCGAGGGCGAGACCCCCGGCAAUUUCAUGGAGGACGAGCAGUGGCUGUCGUCCAUCUCGCAGUACAGCGGCAAGAUCAAGCACUGGAACCGCUUCCGAGACGUGAGUCUGCAGGGGCGCGACGACUACAUCAAGAGCUGGGAAGACAAUCAGCAAGGAGAUGAAGCCCUGGACACCACCAAGGACCCAUGCCAGAAGGUGAAGUGCAGCCGCCACAAGGUGUGCAUCGCGCAGGGCUACCAGCGGGCCAUGUGCAUCAGCCUCAAGAAGCUGGAGUACAGGAUCAAGCAGCCCGCCCUGAGACCCCGCCCAGGCAGAGACCCACUCUGCAAGCCCUGCCACAUGGACCAGCUGGCCUCCGUGUGUGGCUCCGACGGCCACACCUACAGCUCGGUGUGCAAACUGGAGCAGCAGGCGUGCCUGAGCGGCAAGCAGCUGGCCGUGAGGUGCCAGGGGCCCUGCCCCUGCCCCAAGGACCAGGCGGCCACCUCCAACCCGGAUGGCAAAGCAGAGACCUGCACAGGUCAGGACCUGGCCGACCUGGGGGACCGCUUGCGGGACUGGUUCCAGCUCCUUCACGAGAACUCCAAGCAGAACGGCUCAGCUGGCAGCGGCGGGACCAGCCCGGCCAUGGGCCUGGACAAGAACCUGGGGGCCAGCUGCAAGGACUCCAUCGGCUGGAUGUUCUCCAAGCUGGACACGAGCGCGGACCUCUUCCUGGACCAGACGGAGCUGGCCGCCAUCAACCUGGACAAGUACGAGGUCUGCAUCCGCCCCUUCUUCAACUCCUGCGACACCUACAAGGACGGCCGUGUCUCGCCCGCCGAGUGGUGCUUCUGCUUCUGGAGGGAGAAGCCCCCGUGCCUGGCGGAGCUGGAACGCAUCCAGAUUCAGGAGGCUGCCAAGAAGAAGCCGGGAGUGUUCAUCCCCAGCUGCGACGAGGACGGCUACUACCGGAAGAUGCAGUGUGACCAGAGCAGCGGGGACUGCUGGUGUGUGGACCAGCAGGGCCUGGAGCUGAGUGGCAGCCGCAUGCACGGGAGCCCCGACUGCGAUGACCUCGUGGGCUUCUCGGGGGACUUUGGGAGCGGCGUUGGCUGGGAGGACGAGGAGGAGAAGGAGCCCGAGGAAGCGGGCGAGGAGGCCGAGGAGGAGGAGGAGGCGGGCGAGGCGGAUGACGGGGGCUACAUCUGGUAGU